AUGUCUCCGCUGCUGUUCGUCCUCUGCCUAGAACCGCUGAGUAGAGUCCUCACUGCCCAAUUCGAACAAAUGUCGAUCGAACAUGAAGGAGGGUGUUUUAGCACCAACCAUCUCAUGUUCAUAGACGACAUUAAGCUGUUCGCUCGGUCUUCAGAGAUCCUUCACUCAAUGGGUAAAGUCCUGAAAGGUUUCAUGAAGGCCGUGGGGUUGGAGCUCAACUACAACAAGUCGGCGACUAACACCCCUGUGUGUGGUGACCUAGUCAAAGUCUUGGAGGAACACCAAGGAUAUAAGUAUCUUGGUGUGGUUGAGAGUCCAGCCUCAUUAAUCACACCCGAAACGAGAAAGUGUGUAGUGGAGGGUGUGCGUAGUAGGGCGGCAAUGUUAUGUAAGACUCGGCUCAAUGCACGGAACUUAUUUCAUGCCUUGAACGAGUAUGCCAUCUCAUUGCUAAACUACUACGUUGGCCUGAUCGAAUUCGAGCCGAGUGAGUACGAUGAAAUGGACCUUAUUGUCCGAAGAGUACUCCGAGAGAAUCAUGUCCACGUGUUGGCAAGCAAUAAGGAGAGAUUGUACUUGUCUCGCGGGCAGCUAGGACGUGGACUGAGUAACAUCGUACACUUAAGUGAGCGAAUUCUUACUAAGAUGCACGACACCUUGUGGAGUGGGUCGAGUGUAUCCCAAAGGAAGGCUGCCAUCCUUGCUGCUGAAAAAGCGCGUGGUACACACCUAGGGACCAUAAAAGGCUAUGUGUCGGCUAAGUAUGGUCUAGGUGCUACCCAAGUUAAUGUGAAGGAGUUGAUCAAACUUCAAAAGGAGUCUUUAAUUAAAAAGAUCAACUUAAAAGUCCUUCACAAGACUCUCUUUAGCAGCCUGGACAACCCGCACAUUGACGUAUCGUCGUCAUCUACGUGGCUGAAAUAUGGGAAUAACUCUCCCCGAUCAGAAGGGUUGUUCUCAUAUUUGCAGGAUAGAAACUUUUUUAAUGGUCAACGGAAACAGUGUAACCACUGUAAGAGUAAGGCAAUGACCGUUGACCAUUUAGCCACGAAGUGCGGGAGUAUGCUUUACCAUGAUUACACAUGGAGGCAUAACGAGGUGGUGAGGUCCCUCCAUCUUUUGCUCUGCAACAAGUAUGCCUUGAGGCGGUCCAGAAAGUUGCGAACCCAUCGAGUUCAAUCGGUGUGUGAGAACUCGCGGGUGUGCAUUAAGGUGGAUACCCCCAUACGCACCUCGAUUGUUGUCCAGCACAACAGACCCGACAUUGUGGUCCACGAUAAGGUCACCGGGGAGAUUGUUAUCGUGGAGGUGGGCAUCACGUGCCUAGACCAGAUGUCAUCUGACAUAAGAAACAAUAUCUCUCUAGUAGCUGCAGAGGCAGAUUACAACGAAACCCAGCAGGCAUUCUCUGCUGGCCAGGCAGAGCUCCUUGCAGAGUUUGAAUUUAAAAAGAAGGUCUCCCAUCCCCCAAUAUCCACAUAG